AUGCCGUGCUUCUCGCGCCGCAGCAAGAAUCCGCAUCCGCUCCGGAUCCUCCUGACGAACGGGCGCUUCCCUGUGACCGUGGACCUAGCACGACAGCUCUUCCUGCUCUCGCACACCGUCUUCGUGGCGGACCCGAUGCACUACCACGUAUGCAAGUUCUCUCGGGCGGUGAAGAAAUCCUACUUCGUCCCGUCGCCGCACAUCGACGCCCCGGGGUUCAUCUCUGGCAUUGUCGCCGCCGUGCGGGACGCAAACAUCGACCUGAUCAUCCCGAUGCACGAGGAGAUCUUCUACCUGGCCGAAUCGAAGCACCCCGAGCUCCUCGCCCGCAUGCUCGCCCCGCCCUGGGAAACCCUUAUGAUGCUGCACAACAAGUGGUCGUUCUCAGAGUGGCUCGGCUCGAUCGGGCUGCGCCGUCCCGCGGCCCACCUGUGCCGCUCCCGCGAGGACGUGCUGCGCCUCCUCGCCGAUACCGACACCGGCGAGGAAGCCGACGGCUGGGCCGUCAAGCCCGUGUUCGGCCGCGCGGCGAGCAACGUGUUCCACCUGCGGCGCGGGGACGAGGUGCCGCAGGAGUGCGUGGACGACAUGUCGCAGGGCGCGGAGUACAUCGCGCAGGAGUGGCUCUCUGGGCAGCGGUACUGCAGCUACAUGGUGAUCCGCGGGGGGCGCGUGCAAGCGUUCAGCCUGUACCCCGUACAGGACACCAUCGACGGCAGCAGCUGCGUGUACUUCCGCUCGAUCGCGCACCCGGCCAUCGAGGAGUACGUCGUCGCCAUCGCCAAGAACCUCCCCACAGUCGGCGCGCAGCUCGCGUUCGACUUCGUCGAGACCCGCAGCGGCGAAGUCAUGGCUUUCGAGUGCAACCCCCGCGCCACCAGCGGGAUACAUCUGUUCUCUGGCACGCCGCUGCUGGCGCAGGCGCUCGUUUCCGGGCCGCCUGCCCCGCCAAUCCCGUACCAUUACACGACGUUCACGAUUGUGCCGCCGCAGGGCGCCGCCCGACAGCUCGCCCCCGGGAUGAUGAUGUGGAAGCGUAGCGAGCGCGGCGUCAAGGCGUAUCUGCAGCAUAUGAAGCGGCUCACGGGCAGCAAGGAUGUGGUGUUCAGCAGUCGCGACCUCAUGCCGAGCCUCAUGCAGCCGUUCCUUCUCACUAGCUACUACGAGAUCUGUAGAGAGCGCGGACUCGCACUGCCGGUUAUGUUUCAGUGGGAUCUGGUGUGGCAGCCG